AUGGCUGAAGCUCGUUUCGUGGGCAUGCUGGAUUACUUAGAAGCCUUGCGGCUAAGCAGCUCAAAGUCUGGAAAAGACACCAACGUUGACAAACUGUUCCAAAGUUGCAUGCUGGACAUACAGAACGCGCCGCCCAUGCCUGUCGAUGCUGGCGCCCGUCUGCUGAAGAAACUGAACACAGCCCAUGUGUCAGACCAAUGGCGUGAAGAACUGGCCCAACUUUUGCACGAGAAGGUUGAAGCGGGAGCAGCUAAAUUGGCAGCAGAAAAAAAAACAAGCGAAGGUGGAGACCCAAAGACCCAGCGAUGCUUGGACCUCCACAACUACUUGACCCCCAGUGAAUGGUCAGCCUUGAGAAAUGAGAAAGAAGGUCUUAUGACGAAGUGCAGGGUAUUAGCCACAAGAAUGGCUCAACUGGGUUUGAAAAACCCAACUGAACCGACUUGGGUUGCGGCAGUUGCAAUUCUUUACCUGGCCUCUCACAAAGGGCCUGCCGACGAGCUCCAGUUCAAUGCCAAGCAAGCGCUGAGCACUUUGAAUAGUUUGAAAACUAUCCUCAGAGGAAUGCAUGCACACCUUAACUCUGGCUUGAAGUUUUAUCCAUCUGAUCCCUCUGAACUUGCGGAAGAUCUUUUCCGCAAAGCUUAUUCACAAGAGAAACCAGCACAGUGCCCUUUGGAGGAAGCCGGCUUGCAUUUUCUGCGCAAAGUGCUGCCUGCCCGGGACACGCACAGUUCUGUACGCGGGCAAUUUGGGAAGCCUGGCUUUUCCAAUCACACACCAUCGGGCGGCAGCAUGGCCGACAUGUUUGGCAUGAUGCAGACAUUCAUGCCUAUGCUUUGCAAUCAGUUUGGAGGAGGGAAGGGGUUGGACCUGCAAAUGUUUCCACAAAGGAAGAAGAAGAGUUGGGCGGCUGCAGCACCAUUGGCGCUGGAGGCCCCUGCAGAUUCGCCUGCAGCUGAGACUGCCAAGGUCGAGCCUUCCCCUGGCGAGGAGCCAGCAGCGAGCCCAACAGAGAAGAUUGAAGGCGAGAACAGUGCAACACCAAGCCUUGGAGGCUUGGCUUCCAAAGAUGUUGAUAAAAUGGCGCAAGAGGUUCUUGCUGCGCUCGGUGAAAAGAAGGAAAAGAAUGGUAAAGCAGCUGCAGCACCGGCCAAGAAAAAAACUCCCAAAAGCAAAGCGAAAGGUCCAAGCAAGAAGGAUGAGAAGGAUGCAAAAGAUGAGGGCCCACCGCCCAAGAAGAUGAAGGCAGCCCUUCCUUUUCCUGGAGAAGGUCCUGCCGAACCCUUGCACUACUGCAAUGCGACCAUUUACAUUUGUCCAAACAGCUCUAGCUACCGAGUGAAAUUGGCCGGCGAGCGGAAAGACAAAUCCUUUUCCUGGAAAAGAGAUAGUGCCAAAGAAUGCUGGGGCCGAGUGAAGGAGCACGUGCUCAAAGCGGCGCCAGCGCCCCGCGUGGCGGCAACAUCACCAGACCCCAACUCGGAGGCCCUGCCGGCCCGAGCAACGUCACCCGACCCCAACUCGGCGGAGGCGUCGCCGGCGCCGCCUCUGGCUGUCCAGACACCAAGCCUCAGAUGGGCGUUCCAGGCAUGA